AUGCAGUUGUCUCUGACAUUGGCGGCGUUGUCCAUUGGACUGUGGUGGACAUUCGAUCGAUCCCGGAGUGGGUUAGGACUCGGUAUUGGAAUCGCCUUCUUUGCCACAUUGGUGUCCCAGCUGUUGGUCUAUAAUGGCGUCUACCAAUACACGUCCCCGGAUUUUCUGUACGUGCGCUCCUGGCUUCCCUGCGUCUUCUUCGCUGGAGGGAUCACCAUGGGGAACAUUGGGCGCCAGCUGGAGAUGGUAAGUGUGAAGAUCUACACAGGAGGACCGCCUCCAUAG